GAGCAGCGAACAUGAGGGUUCUUCUCUCCCCGUCUCUUGAGCCCAGGACAUUGUGUGGACAAGAGUAGACAUUUCACUGACUUCUGCUAAAAAAUUAGUUUAUUUUUCAAAUGUCCCCAGCGGGCAUGAGUGGUUACAUGGUCACUAUCAGCCACACCCCGCAUGUCCGGCAGAGCAGCCAGGAGGGGCCACCCUUCCUCUGGGGCCGCCACAGGGGCAGCGCAUCUGCAGGCUCCGUGUGCGAGCAGCCGAGGUGCCAGCGGAGGUACCACCCGGGAGAUGUCACCACAGGCUCCUCCGUGAGGCCUCGGGGUCCUGGUGCUGCCCCUGCCCUGGGCAGCUGCUGUGGCUGCACAGAGAUAAACCAGCAUGGCUCUGCUCCCCUGGCCUCGGGGUGCCGGGUCCCCAGGCCAAGAUGUCCAGAGGCCAGUGCCCCACUCCUCCCCACCGGCCUCCAUCUGCAAGCUCCUGAGGCACGUGCCCCCCUCCAGGCUCCCAAUCCACCCGAUCCCGGGUGCCCCUGGUCAUCGAGGGCUGCCCCUCAUGCUCAGGCCCCUUUGUGGGCAGGGCAGGAGUCCAGUGCAGACGGCUCUCGGCAGGUGGGUGGGCAGGUCCCAGGGCAGAGCCUGCUCCUCCCUGGGUCUGGGCUCGACGCUGUGCAGCACUGCUCUGUGCCCUGGUCUCUGUCCUAUCUCCCGGUGGGCGUGAAUGGCAAGGGGCUCGAGUGAGUGCCCCGCAGCCACUUGCUCAGCGCCAGGCUCCAGGCCGUGCUGCCUCGCGGGCAGCAGCUCCAGAGGAGCCUGUGGCAGGGGAGUGAACACAGGCAGAGACAGGAGAGGGCGGGCACCCCCCCCCCCCCCCCCCCCGCCGGGGCAGCACGGCCAGACCAAGGCUGGGAGCUGCUCGGCCUGCGACCCUGGUGCUCUGCCCAUCACGGCCUUCGGCCUUCAGCUCUGUGACUAAGGUUUUGCCCCUUUCAGGCCCCAGAUCCUUGAAGCUUUCCUCACCCCACUUUCACCCGAGCCCCCCAGCCCCUGCCAUAGCAGGCCUGGGCAAGGCCACUCUCUCGACGCAUGCAGCUGGCCCUGCCCACCAUGCGUGCUGCCUCCCACACGCAGACUGGUGGGUUCUUUUAUCAUUAGAACAACAUUCAAGCCAAACGGGGUAAUUUUUUCUUCAAAGCUACAGAAAUUAGCACAACUCCCCACAACUCUGUUGCAAUGAACUCAAAGACUCUGUGGGCAGUCACCCCAACCACAGAAAUGCCCUGCUCAGGGAGCCAGCCGACACCCUCAUCUCGAACCAGUGUGAACCAGCUCUUCCAGAGCACCCUCCUGGGCAUGGCGGGCGGACCCGUCCCACACCGGCCCCAGGCUCCCGGCAGGCAGCCUCGAGGAGCCCAGCUCUCCUGAGGAACCCCGGAUGAGCAGUGUGUUUCGGCAGGCCUGACCCCUGCACACCUGAAGGCGACCUGGAGAGUAUUUAUCCAGAUGGAAUGAAGAUGGAGCCCAAGAAUUCCAGCAUCGAGGUGCAACAGAAAAACAGGACAAAGCGCGCGAGCGCGCACACAGCGACGUGCUGGAGUCACACACGCUGGGGUUCGAGUCCUGUCUGCCACUUCCUGGUGGCUUGUAGCUGGCGAGCUCCCCCGCCUCCUGAGCUGCGUAGGUCUGCAGGGGGCAGCCAUCCCCACGCGGGGCAGGGCCCGCGACCAGCAGGCUAAGGCAGUACAAGUUUAAGGUAGCUACUCCACAAGGUGGCUACAAACAUAUCUCACAUUUUAACUAAAACAUUUAAAAGUCUUCUGAAAUUAAAAAUGGUGGCUUGGUGCCCCGGCCCUGGGUAUGGAAAGAUGGAGGAGCCGCCCUGAGUGAGGGUCCCAGCCUGAGCCCCCGGAGGUCUUGGGGGCCAGUGGGCGGUGGGCAGCCUCCCGGGAGAGGAGCCGGCGUGGCCUGGCCAGCUGAGCCGCGGUGGUGCAGACAGCGCCAUUAUAAGGCUGCUGCAGCUGGCCCGGCAAGAUAAAGGCCGUGACUGAUGCCCAAAUGGAGGCUAAUUAUCCGGGAAAGACACAGGGACCCCACACCAGGUGUCCUGAAAAGAUCCCCUCAUUCAGCAAACAAGUUCCCCAGCCUCCCCCCGCCCCAUUCGCAAGGCCCCCCCCACUGUCUCCCAGGAAGGCUAGGGAGCCUGAGCCAGUUGCCAUGGCAGCCAGACCCUCCCCGCACCCCCCCAGUGGUAGGAAAUUGUCCCCUUCUGAAACGUCUAGUUGUGUCUGUCAGUCCCAGCAGCCCGCACCCGCCCGCACCACGCGGCAGCUUCCAGAACAGGCACACUGGCCUCUGUGAUGCUCAGGCCCAGCUGGGGCGAGGGCCCGGGGACACACUGGAUACUCACAACCCCGCGGCAGCAGGGCCUAGGAGGGCCCGGCACAAGGGACCCUUGGGGAUGAAGCGGCCUUUGAGAGGCAGAGGGGCCGCCACCUCCCCUCCUCUCCUUAAAUAGCUGGCCUCCCGCCGCCUGCAGGAGCUCAGCACCCAGCCUUCCUGUCUCCACCUGCCGCCAGCCUGAGAGGCUCGUCCGGGCUCUGCCUCCAGCCGAAGCAUGAAUGGCCUCAAGGGGGCCUCCGGUCUGGCAACCAACGCUUCCCUGGCGGCUGCGGAUCAGUGUGGCCAGGAGACGCAGCUGGAGAACGCACUCUUAGCCUCCUUCUACCUCCUGGAUUUCCUCCUGGCUUUUGUGGGCAAUGCCCUGGCCUUGUGGCUUUUCCUCCGGGACCGCCGGGCAGGCACCCCUGCCGACGUGUUCCUGCUGCACCUGGCCGUGGCAGACCUGUCCUGCGUGCUGGUCCUGCCCACGCGCCUGGUCUACCACUUCUCGGGGAGCCACUGGCCGUUCGGGGAAAUCCCAUGCCGCCUCACCGGCUUCCUCUUCUACCUCAACAUGUACGCCAGCAUCUACUUCCUCACCUGCAUCAGCGCCGACCGCUUCCUGGCCAUUGUGCACCCCGUCAAGUCCCUCAAGCUCCGCAGGCCCCUCUAUGCUCACCUGGCCUGCGCCUUCCUCUGGGUGGUGGUGGCCGUGGCCAUGGCCCCACUGCUGGUGAGCCCACAGACCGUGAGGACCAACCACACAGUCGUCUGCCUGCAACUGUACCGGGAGAAGGCCUCCCCCCACGCGCUCGCGUCCCUGGCUGUGGCCUUCACCUUCCCGUUCGUCACCACGGUUACCUGCUACCUGCUGAUCAUCCACAGCCUGCGGCAGGGCCCCCGUGUGGAGACGCGCCUCAAGAACAAGGCGGUCCGCACGAUCGCCCUGGUGCUGGCCAUCUUCCUGGUCUGCUUCCUGCCCUACCACGUGCACCGUUUCGUCUACGUGCUGCGCCACCGCAGCAGCACCUCCUGCGCCGCCCGGCGUGCCCUGGCCCUGGGGAACAGGGUCACCUCCUGCCUCACCAGCCUCAACGGGGCCCUGGACCCCAUCAUGUACUUUUUUGUGGCUGAGAAGUUCCGCAACACCCUGUGCAACCUGCUCUGCGGCCCAAGGCUCUCCGGGCCGCCCCCUAGCCUGGAAGGGAGGACCAACGAGAGCUCGAUGAGCGCCAGGUCAGAGCUGUAGCCCAGGUCAGAGCUGUAGCCCAGGUCAGAGCUGUAGCCCAGGCCAGAGCUGUAGCCCAGGCCAGAGCUGUACCCCAGGCCAGAGCUGUGGCCCAGGUCAGAGCUGUAGCCCAGGCCAGAGCUGUACCCCAGGUCAGAGCUGUACCCCAGGCCAGAGCUGUGGCCCAGGCCAGAGCUGUACCCCAGGUCAGAGCUGUACCCCAGGUCAGAGCUGUACCCCAGGUCAGAGCUGUACCCCAGGUCAGAGCUGUACCCCAGGUCAGAGCUGUACCCCAGGUCAGAGCUGUACCCCAGGUCAGAGCUGUACCCCAGGUCAGAGCUGUACCCCAGGUCAGAGCUGUACCCCAGGUCAGAGCUGUACCCCAGGUCAGAGCUGUACCCCAGGUCAGAGCUGUACCCCAGGUCAGAGCUGUACCCCAGGUCAGAGCUGUACCCCAGGUCAGAGCUGUACCCCAGGUCAGAGCUGUACCCCAGGUCAGAGCUGUACCCCAGGUCAGAGCUGUACCCCAGGUCAGAGCUGUACCCCAGGUCAGAGCUGUACCCCAGGUCAGAGCUGUACCCCAGGUCAGAGCUGUACCCCAGGUCAGAGCUGUACCCCAGGUCAGAGCUGUACCCCAGGUCAGAGCUGUACCCCAGGUCAGAGCUGUACCCCAGGUCAGAGCUGUACCCCAGGUCAGAGCUGUACCCCAGGUCAGAGCUGUAGCCCAGGCCAGAGCUGUAUCCCAGGCCAGAGCUGUACCCCAGGUCAGAGCUGUAUCCCAGGCCAGAGCUGUGAGCUCCUCCCCAGCCACACGCUGAGGAAAGACAGGGAAUCCGCAGAUCAUUCCCGCCCCUCCCAGGUCAGACCUCAUCACCUAGAGCUGGUUCUGUGGUUCUGUCUCACCCAAUGCACGAACCCCUAAAAAGGGAGAACCCUCUGCAGGUCGCCCCUGCGGCCCAUGGGCCCAGCGCCAGGAUCUCAGCGAUGUCACUGCAGCAGGAGGGCCGGAGGCCCGGGAGGGGCCCGGGAGGGACCCAGGGGCCCCAGCUUUCCUCAGCGCUCCGGCUCCUGCCCUCUCAGAUACAGUGGCAGCUCCGCAGGGAGAGCCCCUGGCCACUGGGGCCCUGGGAGGGCAGGGGAGGGGGAGGGCAGGAGGCGGGUGAUGUGCAAGGUGCUUUGAGUUCCCUUGGCCCGCACCUUUGCCAGAUGACCCCUGAGUCUAGGAGCCACAAACUAUAAAUUGUAGCUGAUCACUAAGUACAUUUCAGGCUGGCUGCCGGCGACAUCCAGCAAGCAUGGCCUGUGGGCACCCCUUCUGAUCCUCCUGCUGGAACCCACUUGGGGGCGGGGAGGGAGGGGGGCCUGUCCACCCCCAGCUUCUCAGCAGCUGCCCACGUUGUCCCGGCAGCGCAGACUAGCGGACAGCAGUCAGGGAGCUGGCCUCCACCAACCAGACCUGCAGGGCUACCUCAGGCCGCUCCCUCCCGGACCUCUCCCUGCAGCCUGGCCAGGCUCGGAGCAGCUCCACUUCCGUGUGGCGGGUGCUGCCCUGCCAGUCCUAUCUGUGCUUCCCUCUGCUCAUUAUAAAUACCUGCUUUAGGUUCUGAAGGUCACUGUGUUUGGUUAAAGCAACACCCUCCCCAGAACAUCUCUCUUCAAUCCGAGAAUGGCUACCUGGGGGCGAAGGAGCAGAGACGGGGUGGCAUGUGCUCUAACGCCCACAAUAUGCCCGCCCCACACAGACCCAAGGUCUGCACCGUGGUCUUCAGAGCGAGUGCCAGCCAGGCUGGGCGGGCCCCAUUUGUUACAGCAAAACUACUUUACUUGCGAAUCACAUCUUACAUUUCCUGUUCCGGGUUUUCCCAGGAAGCAGUGCAGCCGGGCCCAUGCGAGUGUGUCAUGGGAAGGGGCAGGAUGUGCUCAGGCAUACACCGGCAGCGGGCACACACCGGCAGCGGGCACACACCCAGCAGCGGGCACACACCCGAAAGGGGGCAUAUAUCCGGCAACGGGCACACACCGGCAGCAGGCACACACCCUGCAGCGGGCACACACACCGGCAGCGGGCACACACCCAGCAGCAGGCACACACCGGCAGGGGGCAUAUAUCCGGCAGCGGGCACACACCCGGCAGGGGGCAUAUAUCCGGCAGCGGGCACACACCCG